UGUGGCAAAUCAUUCUCCUAUAAGCAUAGCCUUACUUAUCACAAAGUCAGUCAUACAGGGGAGAAACCACAUCCCUGUUAUAUAUGUGGUAUAUCAUUCUCCCAGUUAGGUGACUUAAUUAGACACAAAUACAUUCAUACAGGAGAGAAACCAUAUCAAUGUCGUAUUUGUGGUAAAUCAUUCUCCCGUAAGCAUAGCCUUACUUAUCACAAAUCCAUUCAUAUAGGGGAGAAACCACAUCCCUGUGAUAUUUGUGGUAUAUCAUUCUCCCAGUUAGGUGACUUAACUAGACACAAAUCCAUUCAUACAGGAGAGAAACCUUAUCACUGUGAUAUCUGUGGAAAAUCAUUCUCUCAGAAAAUUCACCUGACUUCUCACAAAUACAUUCUUACAGGAGAGAAACCUUAUCAAUGUGAUAUUUGUGGUAAAUCAUUCUCUCAAAAAAGUAGCCUUAAUUCUCACAAAUACAUUCAUACAGGUGAGAAACCGUAUCAGUGUGAUAUCUGUGAUAAAUCCUUUUCAUUAAAAAGUUAUUUAACUACUCACAAAUCCAUUCAUACAGGAGAGAAACCAUAUCGAUGUGAUAUUUGUGGUAAAUCAUUCACUCAGAAAUAUUGCCUCACUCAUCACAAAUACACUCAUACAGGAGAGAAACCAUAUCAGUGUGGUAUUUGUGGUAAAUCAUUCUCUCAAAAGACUAGCCUUACUUAUCACAAAUACAUUCACACAGGAGAGAAACCAUAUCAGUGUGGUAUUUGUGGUAAAUCAUUCUCUCAAAAGACUAGCCUUACUUCUCACAAAUACAUUCAUACAGGAGAGAAACCACAUCACUGUGAUAUUUGUAAUAAAUCCUUUUCAAUAAGAAGUUCUUUAACUAAACACAAACUUAUUCAUGCUCAUGAGAAGCCAUUUCAUUGUGAUAUUUGUGGUAAAUCAUUCACUCACAAAUGUAACCUUACUUCUCACAAAUAUAUUCACACAGGAGAGAAACAAUAUCAGUGUGAUAUCUGUAAUAAAUCUUUUUCAUUAAAAAGUUAUUUAACCACUCACAAACUAACACAUACAGGUGAGAAGCCAUAUCACUGCGAUAUUUGUGGUAAAUCAUUCUCUCAAAAAGGUAGCCUUAUUUCUCACAAAUCCAUUCAUACAGGAGAGAAACCAUAUCACUGCAAUAUCUGUGGUAAAUCCUUUGUAGUGAGAAGUAAUUUAACUGCUCAUGAACUUACUCACACUAAUGAAAGGCCAUAUCAGUGUGAUAUCUGUGGUAAAUCAUUCUCUCAUAAAAGUAAUUUUAAUAGACACAAAUACAUUCAUACAGGAGAGAAACAAUAUCAUUGUGAUAUUUGUGGUAAAUCAUUCUCUCAGAAAAGUAACCUUACCUCUCACAAAUACAUUCAUACAGGAGAGAAACGGUAUCGCUGUGAUAUUUGUGGAAAGUCAUUCUUUCAGAAGGUUCACCUGACUUCUCACAAAUACAGUCAUACAGGUGAGAAACCAUAUCAAUGUCGUAUUUGUGGUAAAUCAUUCUCUAAAAAAAUUAACCUUACUUCUCACAAAUACAUUCAUACAGGAGAGAAACCAUAUCGCUGUGAUAUUUGUGGUAAAUCAUUCUCUCAAACAAAUAGUCUCACUUACCACAAAUUCAGUCAUACAGGGGAGAAACCACAUCCCUGUGAUAUAUGUGGUAUAUCAUUCUCCCAGUUAGGUGACUUAACUAAACACAAAUCCAUUCAUACAGGAGAGAAACCUUAUCACUGUGAUAUCUGUGGAAAGUCAUUCUCCCAGAAAAUACAUCUGACUUCCCACAAAAAUGUUCAUACAGGAGAAAAUUCAUAUCACUGUGAUGUCUGUGGUAAAUCAUUCUCUCAUAAAAGUAGCCUUCUUUCUCACAAAGACAUUCACUUAGGAGAGAAACCACAUCACUGUGAUAUCUGUGAUAAAUCAUUCCGCCUGAUAGGUAGCUUAACAAGACACAAAUACAUUCAUACAAGAGAGAAACCUUAUUACUGUGAUAUCUGUGGAAAGUCAUUCACUCAGAAGACUAGUCUUACUUCUCAUAAAUACACUCACACAGGAGAGAAACCAUAUGAAUGUGAUAUUUGUGGUAAAUCAUUCUCCCAAAACAGUACCCUUAUGUAUCACAAAUCCAUUCAUACUGGCGAGAAACCAUAUCACUGUGAUAUUUGUGGUGAAUCAUUCUCUCGGAAGACUGGCCUUGCUUAUCAUAGAUCCAUUCAUACAGGAGAGAAACCAUAUCACUGUGAUAUUUGUGGUGAAUCAUUCUCUCGGAAGACUGGCCUUGCUUAUCAUAAAUCCAUUCAUACUGGAGAGAAACCAUAUCAAUGUGAUAUUUGUGGUAAAUCCUUUUCGUUAAAAAGUUAUUUAACAACUCACAAACUUAUUCAUACUAAUGAGAAGCCAUAUCAGUGUGAUAUCUGUGGUAAAACGUUCUCUCAUAAAAGUAACCUUAGUAAUCAUACGUACACUCAUACUGGAGAGAAACUAUAUCCCUGUGACAUUUGUGGUAAAUCAUUCUCUCAAAAAAGUAGCCUUACUUAUCACAAAUACACUCAUACAGGGGAGAAACCACAUCACUGUGAUGUUUGUGGUAAAUCAUUCCCUUGUUUGAGCGCUUUAACCUCUCAUAAAUACAUUCACACAGGAGAGCAACCAUAUCAAUGUAAUAUCUGUAGCACAGCAUUCUCCCGAAAAAGUAGUUUAUCUGUGCACAAACGCACUCAUACAGGAGACAAGCCAUAUCCCUGUGACAUUUGUGGUAAAUCAUUUUUUUAUCAAAGCAAGUUAACCUCUCAUAAAUACAUUCAUACAGGAGAAAAACCAUAUUCCUGUGAUAUCUGUGGUAAAUCAUUCUCUCAUAAAAGUAACUUUAAUAGACACAAAUACAUUCAUACAGGAGAGAAACCAUAGCACUGUGAUAUCUGCAGUAAAUAAUUGUGUGUUCAGUAUUAUUUAACAGAUCACAAUUCCACUCAUGCUAGAUAUGUCAGUGUGAUAUCUGUGUUAAAUCUUUCACUCAGGAAUGUGCUAGGGGUCCAAACAUGUCACUUGUCUAACUCAUGAAACGGAUGAUACAGCAUUCUUCUUUUAUUCUAAAUUCUUUAAAUCUCAUCAGAUUUUGUGAAUUAAUUUAAUAAACAGAAAGAAAAUUAAA